GCGCAUGUCCAGUAGUGAGCUACCGCUGUCAGCCUGAAGGAAGUAGUGAAGGAGCUAGAGAUCCCGUCAGUCCUGGCUAAGGGCGAGGAAGGCCCUGUUACUAGGACUUUAGCUAGACUCUUAAUGAGUGUUCCCUCGGUGGUUCUAAUCCGAGCUCCUCCGCCCUGUGAGUGUCCAUACUUACCGAAGGUUUCAGGCCCACUUUACAGAUUAACUCAGCAUAGGUCUGGCCGACCCAGCUGGACCCCCUGGGAGGUGAGCACUUACCUGCAGCCUCCCUAACAGUGACGUUACCGCGAUAGUGGGGCCAAACAGUGAUUGGCCCCAGGAAGGCUGCUGCAAGCCAAUGGCCUCGCUUGGCGCGCGGCUCUUCAAAGCUGCUCUCCUCCGCGGCGCUACCUGGAGAAAGGACUUUCCUGAGGGAUGGAGGGUACUGGGCCAGGAUCAAGAUAAGGAAGCUCCAGCUCCUGGGAGGCCAGAGACGCAGGGUGUCGCACCCUUGCUCGUCUGCAAGAAGCACCUGUGUUCCAGCCCUAUUCCUGGGACCUUGCGACCCCAGCCGGGUGGCGGCGGGCAGAGGGCGCUGCGGAGCAUGGCCGGAGAGCGACCCGGGGCUUGGUUCGGCUUCGGUUUCUGUGGCUUCGGGCAGGCGCUGGGCUCCAGACGAGGACGCCAGGUGCGCAGUCCUGAGCCGCUGCGGGCGGACGUCGACGUUUGUCGCGUUAGCGCGAGCUGGAGCUACACCGCCUUCGUGACCCGUGCAGGUCGCUUGGAGCUGUCUGGCUCCACUAAUGGAGCGGCAGACGACUGCAGGGAUGCUUGGGCCUCGGAAGGACUCCUCGUGGUGAUUCGCACCGGGACGGAGUCUGGGACUGAACUGCAGGCGUGGACGCCGGGCUCGGCGCUGCGUGGGGCGCCCCUUUGGACCCAGAAGCUGGCGCCUGAGGCUGAGGUGGAACACCAAGCACGAGAUGAGUCUGGAGCUGGCUCGCUGCCCCUGCUGCCUGGCGCCUGCGCCUACGUGAGUCCGCAGCCACCCUUCAGCCGGACUCUGGUCCCGGAGCUGCGGGCACGCCAGCUAGAGCUGGGCGCGGAACACGUGUUGUUGCUGUGCGCUGCUGGUCAGGUGUUCUCCUGGGGCGGGGGCAGGCACGGACAGCUGGGCCAUGGGACGCUGGAGGCAGAGUUGGAACCAAGGCUUUUGGAGGCGUUGCAGGGCUUACCCAUGGCCGAGGUGGCGGCUGGCGGCUGGCAUUCUGUGUGUGUGAGUGAAACAGGGGAUAUUUAUAUCUGGGGCUGGAAUGAAUCGGGGCAACUGGCCCUGCCUGCAAGGAACCUGGCAGAGGAUAAGAAGAUUUUUACAGAGGAAGGUCUGAAUGAAGAUGGUUCUGAAGUGAAUAGACUAUCUGGGGCUGAGGAUGGAGCCCCUGCUCCCUUCAUAUCUGUACAGCCCUUCCCAGCUCUAUUGGAUCUUCCCCUGGGCUCAGAUGUAGUCAAAGCCAGCUGUGGAUCCCGGCACACUGCUGUAGUGACAAGAACAGGAGAGCUGUACACCUGGGGCUGGGGUAGCAAGGAAGCUCGGAGGAACCUCUUGCCUGUAAUGACUGGUUGCCACUGGACUUUUGGGACCCUGAGCCUGGCCCUAGAGGCUUUCUGGCUCCAGUCUCCUGGAUUCACAGAGCAAGCACCAGCAGGGGGUAAAUAUGGACAGCUUGGCCACAAGGAUAGCACCAGCGUGGAUCAGCCCUGCCUUGUGGAAUACUUUGUAGAGAAACAGCUCCAAGUGAAGACAGUCACCUGUGGGCCAUGGAACACCUAUGUGUAUGCUGUGGAAAAAGAGAAGACCUGACAUGUGUGUAUGUAUCUGCAACCUGUCCCAGAGUUCCCGGAUUUGAGCACGAAGUCCCUCACACACUGCUUCAUUUUGUGAUUUUUGCAUUUCCAGCUGUAUCAAGGAAAGGCUGUGGUUAAAGCAAAAUAGUAACACACAAAAGGCUAGUCCUCUGUAGCAAGGAAUGUCUGGACCCAAAUGAAGAAGAAGCAUUUAUACUGUGAUUCCCAUUUUUUUUUUUUUUUGGUACCUGGGAUUGAACUCAGGGGCACUCAGCCACUGAGCCACAUCCCCAGCCCUAUUUUGUAUUUUAUUUAGAGACAGGGUCUCACUGAGCUGCUUAGUACCUGGCUUUUGCUGAAGUUGGCUUUGAACUCGCAAUUUCCUACCUCAGCCUCCUGAGCUGCUGGAAUUAUAGGUGUGCACCACUGUGCCUGGCUUCCCAAGAGAAAUUUUUUGAUGCAUUCUGAACAUAAGAUGUAAAGCUGUCACUAUGGGAGGAUCUCAGACCUCAAGAACAGGAUUCCAAUGUUGAAUUGAAAGUUUUUUUCAAUCAAACAGUAUGCUUGGGGCUGGGGAUUAUAGCUCAGUGGUACAGCGCUCACCUAUCAAGCUUGAAGCCCUGAGUUCAGUCCCCCAUAUCAUCAAAAUAAA